AGUAAAAGAAUUGAAUGUUUUGCAGGUUGUGUUUUCAAAUUUGGUGGAAUUGAAGUUGUCUUGGAUUAAAAUAAAUCAGUUGUGGAUAACAUCUUCCUACAGUUUCAGAAAGCUUAAAAGUCUACAAAUUUCUACUUGUAGCAGCUUAGAAUACCUUUUUACCCCUUUCAUGGUAUCAGGCCUUGGGCACCUCGAGGACUUGAUUGUAUCACGCUGUAGAGAUUUGAAACAAGUGAUUAUGGUAAAAGGAGUUGAGGAGGUAGUGAACACAGAGUUGAUAUUCCCACGGCUAAACUCCAUUGUGCUUUGGAAUUGUGACAAGUUGUCAAGUUUCUAUGCUGGAAGUUCUGCACUCAAGUUCCAAUCGGCCAUAAAAAUUAAGAUAUACAGGUGUCUAAACAUGAUUACAUUUGCUUCUACAUUUUCAACAGAGCAAGAGAAAGAGACAGCUUAUCGAGGAGCUGAGGGGCAUCUUGGAGAGAAAGAACCUGAUAUUCAAAGUGGGACUAUAUUCUUUGAUACGGUUGUGUUUUCAAAUUUAGAGGAAUUGGACUUGUCUGAGAUUGAAAUAAAUCAGUUGUGGAUAACAUCUUCCUAUACUGUGACUUCUCAAGAAAUCUUGAAUUUCAAAAAGCUUAAAAGACUACGAAUUUCUUAUUGUUGGGGCUUAGAAUACCUUUUUACCCCUUCCAUGGUAUCAGGCCUUGGGCACCUCGAGGACUUGUAUGUAUCACACUAUACAGAUUUGAAACAAGUGAUUAUGGUAAAAGGAGUUGAGGAGGUAGCGAACACAGAGUUGAUAUUCCCACGGCUAAACUCCAUUGAGCUACAUUAUUGUGACAAGUUGUCAAGUUUCUAUGCUGGAAGUUCUGCACUCAAGUUCCAAUCGGCCAUAAAAAUUAAGAUAUACAAGUGUCCAAACAUGAUUACAUUUGCUUCUACAUUUUCAACAGAGCAAGAGAAAGAGACAGCUUAUCGAGGAAUUGAGGGACAUCUUGGAAAGAAAGAACUUGAUAUUCGUAAUCGGACUAUAUUCUUUGAUACGGUUAGUUUUUUCUUCACAAAUUUAACAUUUAAAGCAGUUUUAAUUAUCGUUACUCACAGACUAUAAUUUCCACUUCUUCUCAACAUCACUCUUGCUCUGUUUUCUUCAAUUAAAAAAGCUAAUUAUAG